AUGAACUCCCGCAACGUCAAGAAAAACCUCGCCGUCUCCGGCGCCGCCUUGCUGGCGGCCAUUCCCGGCGUUACGGCGCAGUGCGCUCUGCCAUCGGCCUACAAGUGGACCUCAACGGAACCGCUCGCAGAGCCCAAGGAGGGCUGGGCGGCGCUCAAGGACUUCACCAACGUGGUGUACAACGACCAGCAUCUGGUGUACGCCAGCUUUCACGACAUGGGAACCACCUACGGGUCAAUGGUCUUCGGUGGCUUUGCGGAUUGGCCCGACAUGGCGGCCGCGACUCAGACCGAGACGGAGGGAGUCGGGGCCGUGGCGCCGACGCUGUUCCACUUCGCGCCCAAGGAUGUCUGGAUCCUCGCCUACCAAUGGGGCUCGACGGCGUUCAGCUACCGGACGUCGAGCGACCCCACCGACGCGAACAGCUGGUCAGAAGAGCUGCCGCUCUUCUCGGGAACCAUCACCGGCAGCGACACGGGCGCCAUCGACCAGACGGUCAUCGGCGACGACGAGAACAUGUACCUGUUCUUUGCGGGCGACAACGGCAAGAUCUACCGGGCGAGCAUGCCGAUCGACAAAUUCCCCGGCGACUUCGGCACCGAGUUCGAGGAGAUCAUGAGCGACACGGUCAACAACCUCUUCGAAGCCGUGCAGGUCUACACGCUGGAGGGUGCCGGGUACCUGAUGAUUGUCGAGGCCCAAGGCUCCGGCGGCCGGUUCUUCCGCUCGUUCACAGCCGAGACGCUGGACGGCGAGUGGACGCCGAAUGCGGCCACCGAGGACGCGCCUUUCGCCGGCAAGGCCAACAGCGGCGCGACCUGGACCAACGACAUCAGCCACGGCGACCUGGUGCGCGCGAACCCCGACCAGACCAUGACGGUCGAUCCUUGCAACCUGCAGCUUCUCUACCAGGGACGGGACCCCGACGGGGGCGACGACUACAACCUGCUGCCGUACCGACCAGCUGGUGUCGUGGGCAGGGAGUAG